UGGCAGGAUGAGGACAGCUGGGGCCUCUCCUACACAGGGCUCCUCCACCACAAGGGCGACAAGACAAGCUUCUCCUCGCGGUUCGGCCAGGGCUCCAUCAUUGGCGUGCACCUGGACACCUGGCAUGGGACACUGACCUUCUUUAAGAACAGGAAGUGCAUAGGUGUGGCAGCCACAAAGCUGCAGAACAGGAAGUUCUAUCCAAUGGUGUGCUCCACCGCGGCCAAGAGCAGCAUGAAGGUCAUCCGCUCCUGUGCCAGCGCCACCUCCCUACAGUACCUGUGUUGCCACCGCCUGCGCCAGCUACGACCCAACUCUGGGGACACGCUUGAGGGCCUGCCCUUGCCACCUGGCCUCAAGCAGGUGCUACAAAACAAGCUGGGCUGGGUCCUGAGCAUGAGCUGUGGCCACCACAAGUCCCCCAUGCCCUCACCCAAAGCCACGGUCAGUCCCAACAGCCCAGAGACCCGGCGCUGCCAGAGAAAACGCUGCCGAAGGACCUAACUUAUUUUCCAAUGAAAACUGCCUCCUGAGGCGAGGACAGCAUUUUCUCCAUCUUUUCCCUCAGGCCAUGCUCCAGAGUAACAGGAGAGGGAGGAGUUGGGCCAAGGUCUGUCUGGGCCGUCCCCCUGCCCUCAGAGGCUAGGUCAGGCCUUGCCGCAAGUUCAGAGGCCGCAGGCCCUGGGAUCCUGAGACCAGAACUGAAUCCAUCUGUUUCCUGUGCGGGGUAUGGCAGUGGCUGCUUCUCUCCUUGGAGUCUCUUAUGAGUGGCCACACCAGCUCUUCUGGACUGAGUCUGCUGGCCUGGAGGCUGUAGUCUGUGGCCUCAUCAGAUGUCACCUUUCCUGUAGCUGCCAGCCUUCGGGGACCUUGGGUUUGUCCUCACUUGCUUUGCAUGUUGUCAGUUGUUCCUCCUGUCUGAGACUGAAACGAUCGUAAUAAACUCUGAGUUUAUACC